GCACUACAGAGCUCAACUCACACUCACCACUCGCCUUCGAGCGAGCUAGCACCUCCCCGCCCUGAGCCUUUUGCUAAUAGCGAGCGAGGUGUCGUGUUGGGUUAGGGCCGGGAGAGACAAAGCGGGAACAUGGCGGCUCAGGGAAGGGGCAGUGCUGCUCGUGGCAGCGGCGCCGCCGUGGUGGCGCUGGUCCUCCUCUGCGUGCUCCUCCACGGCGAGGUCGCCGAGUCGGCGGUGUACACCGUCGGCGACCGCGGCGGCUGGGGCUUCAACUCCGCCAGCUGGCCCAGGGGCAAGCGCUUCCGCGCCGGCGACGUGCUGGUGUUCAGGUACAGCCCGAAGGCGCACAACGUGGUGCCGGUGAGCGCGGCCGGGUACAAUUCGUGCGCCGCGCCCAGGGGCGUCCGGGCGCUCACCUCCGGCAACGACCGCGUCACGCUGAAGCGCGGCGUCAACUACUUCAUCUGCAGCUUCCCGGGCCACUGCCAGGCCGGCAUGAAGGUCGCCGUCACCGCCGCCUGAGUCCGCCAGGCCGGCCGGCCGCCGCCACCGCCGCCGGGGCUCGACGACCGCUCUCGCUUGAUUUCUCAUCCUGCCCAAACUUAAGUGCUGCAACUAAUUAUUAGACGGUUUCCUGUUGUUGUUCAAUAAUAAAUACCGUGCCCGUCGCGUACGGCGUGCGUGCGUGUUAGCUGUUAGGUGUUGACAGAUUGGCUGGCGUCUGUAGAGGAGGAGCAAUGUACGUAGUACGUACUGAUGUGUGCGCGCGCUCAUGUGAUGAGGAGGAGCAAUAAAAGCAUAUGUAUACGGCUGCGUUUGUUUAAUU